AUGACGCUUGUUUUUGGAGCUGUUCGUCCAUGCACACCAACUAUAUCAAAAAACAUAGUGGCCACCAUGCACUACUACUAUGCCAUUGCCAACAACAACAAUAAUAAACGUAGCAGAAGCAGCAGCUUAGAAAUCUCUUGCAGCUCACUCAAGCACGGUGCCUUAAAACGAAGCCUCGCAACUCAGUCAGCUAAGCUUGGAAAAAGGUGGAUGGAAUUUCAAGGACUCAACAACUGGGAAGGCUUGCUCGAUCCUCUUGACGAUAGCCUACGCAGCGAAAUUCUAAGGUACGGCCAGUUUGUUGAGGCAGCCUAUCGCUCUUUUGACUUUGACCCGGAAUCCCCGACUUAUGCCACGUGUCUCCACCCCAGAAGCUCACUUUUUACUCGGACCAGAGUUGGGGAAACCGGAUACAAAAUCACCAAGAACUUGAGAGCCACUUGUGGGGUCCAAUUGCCACGUUGGAUCGACCGGGCUCCAGCGUGGCUGUCCACCCAAUCUAGCUGGAUUGGAUACGUGGCAGUAUGUCAAGAUCAGAGAGAAAUACAAAGGCUUGGAAGACGUGACGUGGUGAUUUCCUAUAGGGGAACCGCCACGUGUCUAGAGUGGGUUGAGAAUUUACGUGCCAAUUUGACCAAUGUGGGUCCCAAUCAAUUGGGGUCCAUGGUUGAGAGUGGGUUUUUGAGUCUAUACACUUCGGAGACUGCCAUAUGUCCAAGCUUGCAAAAAAUGGUGAGGGCUGAGAUUGAGAGAGUCAUAGAAAUGUACGGUGAUGAGCCACUAAGCUUCACGAUCACUGGUCACAGCCUUGGUGCGGCAUUGGCUACGCUCACUGCGUAUGAUAUCACCACCACUCGUGAAAAUGCACCAAUGGUGACUGUGAUUUCAUUCGGUGGGCCACGUGUGGGUAACAAAGGGUUUAGGUCACAGCUAGAAAAGAGUGGGACUAGGAUACUCAGGAUUGUGAACUCCGAGGAUGUCAUUACUAAAGUGCCUGGAUUUGUGUUCCGAGAUGAUGACAUGGCGAGCAAAGAGAGUGUCCACGUGGCGGCUGGGAUUUCAGGUUGGGUUCAGAAAUGCGUGGAAGACAUGCAAUGGGUUUAUGCUGAUGUGGGACAAGAGCUUAGACUUAGUAGCAAGGUCUCACCGUACCUCAACAAGAGGGAUAUGGCCACGUGUCAUGACCUCAAGACUUACCUUCACCUUGUGAAUGGUUUGUGA